AUGUACGCAGCGGAAUUCCGGUGGCGAGCAAUUGUGCUGCAUUACGCGUACAGCGUGCCUUGUGACCAAGUCGGGCGGAUUUUCGGUGUGUCAGGGCGUACCGUGAGCCGGUGGUAUCUGCAAUUCAAGCAAAACGGGCACGUCGAUUCUGGAAAGCAGCCCAAGAAGUCUCGCCAUAAUGCCGAAAUGCUUUCGUUUGUUAGCGACUACGUUUCUGGGAACCCGUGCUUCUACGUGGAGGAGUUGCAGGAAGAGCUUCGCCAACGAUUUGGUCACAAUGUUAAAGGUGUAUCUGCAACCAGUGGUUCAUGGUGA